AUGGAGUUGCAAUCAUCGCACACGCCACUACAGCGCCACCCCAAGUGCUCGGCGCUCUACGCUAGUCGCCUCCGCCACGACCCACAAGCUUCGAAACCGACCGAGUCACUGGCUCCAAGUGUCGCCUAUUUGGCCAAUGUGACGGUCGAAGUGACCACCAAGACUUUGACUCGAGAUGCGUCAACAUUUGCGCUCACAGUACACGACAAGAAGUCCAGUUCAACGUGGCGCCAUCUUCGAUCUUAUUCCGAGUGUCGAGCGUUUCAGACUCGAGUGCUCAAGUUGCUGAGUCGCGGCCACUUGUGCUUUGCCGAGUGUCCGUGGCUCUACGCGUCACAGUCCCAAGCCCCGCGUCGUGGAGAACCAGCGCCAAGCUCUUGCCAGACUAUUUGCCACUUUGCAACGAGUUUUGCUGAAUCCGCUCAAUCAGAAAUGCUCCGUUUUGAUGCAACAAGUCGCGCCUGA